GUGGGCAAGGUGAGUUGAGCCACCACCGCGACUCUUGUCAGAUUUUGAAGUGGCAGCAAGGGCACGCAACUGAGCCGAGCCAAGUGGAGCAACUGCCGAUUAUUUAUAGUUGAGAAAGUUUUGUCAUUUACGUUUGAAAAUUUAAAUUUUAAUUGAGUUUUCUUGCUGUUGCUCUCGCUGCUGCACCCGCUUGGCCCGCUGCUGCCGCUGUUCCAUGUGUCCCGUUGUUAGAGAUGGUCGGACUCUCGGGUUAAAAUCAAAAAGUCAGGCAACAAAAGCGGUGUCCACUGGCCUCCUCAUCCUGUACAUGUUACCCACUGAGCCACAGAGUCGCGUUAUCCCAGGUGUUUGCUUCAACUUCGCUUCAUCUGAGCAGCAGAGCCCAGGCCUUCUGUAUAAGCCAGAUUUAGCCUCGGUCAGUCAAGAGUUUUUUUCAGACAAUGAUUUCCUGAUUGCAAGUACCGAAAGGAAGGUUAAGCAAAGAUUCAACGUGCUUGAGAUCUCUGUGAUCUCUGUCUUCUUCUUUUUGUAGGUAGGCCAUCUUGGCUUAAAUUUAUAAAAUCUUAAUUUUGGUAUUUAAGA